GCAGACGGGCGCUCCCGGUAAUAAAAUCCAUGCCGCCUCGGUGGUGUCGCAUUUUUGGUGACGUUUAACAGUCGACUGGCUGUGAAGUCUUCAGGGCCGAGGCCUACAGACUUUUUGCAGCGGACGCUGCUGUUAUUUUUCCGUGGAUGUCUAAGUAGUUUUCAGUGCCCGUUCUGAUCGGGUGUUGACCGAUGAAGCACUUUAUUGACUAGCUGAGGCGGAGACGGUCGCAAACGUUCGCCAGCUUGUUGACGCUACCCCUUAGUGCCAGCGAGGAAGUGAGGAACGGAAAAAAAAAAAAAAUGACAUCUCGGAGGUGGUUUCACCCCAACAUUUCAGGCGUGGAGGCUGAAAACCUCCUGCUGACUCGAGGAGUGGAUGGGAGCUUUUUAGCCAGACCCAGCAAAAGUAAUCCUGGAGACUUCACCCUCUCAGUACGGCGAAAUGGAGCCGUCACCCACAUUAAGAUCCAGAACACAGGUGAUUACUACGACCUGUACGGUGGGGAGAAGUUUGCCACCCUUGCUGAGCUGGUGCAAUAUUACAUGGAGCAUCAUGGGCAACUGAAAGAGAAAAAUGGAGAUGUUAUUGAGCUCAAGUAUCCACUUAACUGUGCGGAUCCUACAUCAGAGAGGUGGUUCCACGGACACCUGUCAGGCCGAGAUGCAGAGAAGCUGCUGACGGAGAAAGGCAAGAACGGUAGCUUCCUAGUGAGAGAGAGCCAGAGCCACCCUGGGGAUUUUGUUCUGUCGGUUCGCACCGGAGACGACAAGACGGACACCAACGAUGGCAAACCCAAAGUCACUCAUGUCAUGAUCCGCUGCCAGAGUGAUCUGAAGUACGACGUGGGUGGAGGGGAGAAGUUUGACUCUCUCACAGACUUGGUGGAGCACUACAAGAAAAACCCCAUGGUGGAAACUCUUGGCACUGUCCUUCAGCUUAAACAGCCCCUGAACACUACUCGUAUUAAUGCAGCAGAGAUUGAAAGUCGAGUUCGGGAGCUGAGUAAACUAGCGGAGGCCACUGACAAGGUCAAACAAGGCUUCUGGGAAGAAUUUGAGACUUUGCAGCAACAAGAGUGCAAACUGCUCUACAGUCGCAAAGAGGGUCAACGACCAGAAAACAAGAACAAGAACAGAUACAAGAACAUUUUGCCUUUCGACCACACACGUGUAGUGCUGGAUGAUGGAGACCCAGGCGAGGCAGGCUCCGACUACAUCAACGCCAACAUUAUCAUGGUGCCAGAGGCAGACACAAAGUGUAACAACGCCAAGCCGAAGAAGAGCUACAUCGCCACUCAGGGCUGUUUGCAGAACACCAUCAGUGACUUCUGGCGGAUGGUUUUUCAGGAGAACUCUCGAGUCAUUGUUAUGACCACCAAAGAGGUGGAAAGAGGGAAGAGUAAGUGUGUGAAGUACUGGCCUGAGAUGUCAGCUCUGAAGGAGUACGGGGCCAUGCGAGUUCGCAAUGUCAGGGAGGCGAAUGCUCACGACUACAUCCUCAGAGAACUGAAGCUGUCCAAAGUUGGUCAGGGUAACACGGAACGGACAGUGUGGCAGUACCACUUCAGAACCUGGCCGGACCACGGCGUUCCCACUGACCCGGGCGGUGUGCUGGACUUCUUGGAGGAAGUCAACCUGAAACAGGAGAGCAUUUUGGAUGCUGGGCCCAUAACAGUACACUGCAGUGCAGGGAUCGGACGGACAGGGACAUUUAUAGUGAUCGACAUCCUGAUAGAUGUGAUCCGAGAAAAAGGGGUCGACUGUGACAUCGAUGUGCCAAAGACCAUUCAGAUGGUUCGUUCACAGCGCUCUGGGAUGGUGCAGACGGAGGCGCAGUACAGAUUCAUCUACAUGGCUGUGCAGCACUACAUAGAAACACUGCAGAGACGCAUAGAGGAGGAGCAGAAAAGUAAGAUUAAAGGACGCGAAUACACCAACAUUAAAUACUCUUUAUCCGACCUGUCUGGUGGAGAGCAGAGCCCUUUACCUCUCUGCUCACCUAUUCCCACUCCCGUCUGCACAGAGAUGAGGGAUGACAGCUCCAGAGUUUAUGAGAACGUGAACCUGAUGCAACAGCAGAAGACCUUUAGAUGAGAUUCGCCUUUAAUUCCAGGACUCUUUAUCAGUUCCAGGAUCCUGAUACCUGACAGUUUUUCGCCAGCUACACCAUGACGCCUGAGACUUGACCAUGUGGAACCAUGGGUAGGGUGGGGUUUGGGUGGGGGGAGGACAGGGGACACACACAACAGAAACCAGACUAAAACCAGAGGAAGACCAGACAGCGGGCUCAUAAUCUCGUUGCGCUUUCUACUCGACCAUUUUCCCUCAAGUUGAAUUCUUAACCACUGUGAUCAUCAGAGGAGCCUUUGAGAAGCCAAACACGUCACCUGCUAAACUACAGCUCAAGUUCAGCCUUGGGGAUACCACCCAACAAGGGCUGCUGACGGAGCGCACUCUUCUCAGAGGGAAAACUACCCAGCUAACCUUUGCUCAUCUUCUGUAUUUUUAUGUUUUUUUUUCUUUAUUAACCAAAGUAAGGUAGAGUGUUUUAGAAAAAUGUCAGGAGUUCCUUGGAAAAGGCCUGUGCCAAAUCCACAAGUAAUUUGGUUAUUUUCUUCUACAUUAUGUGAACAGUUAACAAUUUCUUUAACCGGUUGGCCUUUAAUACAGGAAGAGAUGAUGGUUUCUAGAUUAUAGGGCAAAAUUACCAUUCAUUAAUGUUUGUAAUUAAAAAAUUAUACCAUAUUAAUUUAGAUCUAUAACCCUGUGACUUCUAAAAUGAGGGUUUUGUUUUUUGGGGUGUUGAACCACCUGAAAUGCACUCAAAUCGAACCUUUUUUGAGUGUAAGUAGUUUUUUCUGUCUUCUAGUUUACAUAGGCUUAAUAUGCUUUCAGUGGAAUUCAGUCUGUUUAUUAACCAUUCCUUAGCUGAAGCCGAAUAUCCUUAACGCUGCAAUUUUCUUUAGCAGCAGCGCAGUUUCAGUCUUGAAUUAGCUUUUGUAAAUGAUCUAAUCUGGGGUUUAGGGAGGAGUCACCACGGCGGCCUGUAUUUCUGUCACUUAGUAUGUUGACAUACUAAGAUUUCAGGGGAAUCUGUUGUGUAUCUCACCUGCAGAAAUUGUCACAGGUUCACGGCUGCCAUUUUUUUUUUAUAUUACUUUUUUUUUUAAGUCCAUUUCUUUUUCUUUUCUAAGACAAAUGCCUGUUGUGUACCAUUGCCUUUUUAUGAUCACCACAUGUACUUAGGUUUGAGAGUCACUGUUUAACAAUACAAUCACACAUCUCUCAGUUUCUAAAACAUAUAUUAGUCCUUUAUGGUUGUAGUCUGAUGAAGUAGAUGGUUUAUGCACACAUAUGUGUAGCACCACGAUACAACUUUAUAUGGGAGUCAUUUUAGCUACUAGUGUUUAAAGAAAUGUUUGACAUUUUGUUAAAAAGAACUAAUUUACUUUAUUAAGGCUUGCAUCAUUUAGUAAUUUGCAUAUUUUUUAUUUUGUCAUCUCCUCAAAAUGUAUUCCUAAACUGCUGAAUCGAGAAUUUCGUGUCACUAUAUGAUCCUGGAUUUUCCCACCAACAUAUAUUGACACACAUGAAUCAUAAGAAACAUGGCACUUUUCCACAACCCUGGUGUUUCACAGGACAGUAUCCUGAGCCCACUCUACUACUUAUUUAAAUGUGUAUCCUGACAGUUGGAAAACCAUAAUAAAAUCUGCACCCCGACCCCCCAACAUAGAGGGACGUCCUACAACGAGCAGGUGAGACAAUAACGUGUCUCAACAUGAGCAAAGCUGAUAGCAUGGAGUUCCAACCAACAGGAUGCAAUACAUCCUCCGCUCUUUAUUGGUAGUGAGGCUGUUUAGAGGGUCAGCAGUUGCAGAAAUCCCAUUGUUCUCCCUUAUGUCUUCUACAGUUUGCACCAGCCCUGGUGGAAACUGUGAUACCACACCCUUUAAAAUGCCACCCCAGCAGCAGCUGAUUAGCUUGUGACCCCAAAAUCAGUAUGAGCACAUUUGGAGUAAUAUUGAACUAAAUUGAAUCUACAAGACACAUUUGUAAGCUUUGCAUCACUUUCUGCACCAACAGUUUCAACUUGUAUAUUAUUAAUAUAUAUUGUACUUCAUCCGGUAUUUGUACUAACAUUCAGCCAACAGUUACAAACUGACUGAAUGAGAUAUGUAGCGCUGUGGUGCAAACAAGGCUAAAAACAAGAAGUGGUUUCAUGAGGAAGUUAAGUGCAGGAUUUAUUUUUGGGCUAGUUUCACAUGACAAGUUAACGGUUAAUAAGGCUAAUCCGCAUCUUUGUAUGUAGAUAUAUAAAAAUGUUUUUGUUAUUUCUAUUUUUUUUAAAGCGUCAUGCAUUUGGAGUUUUUUCUUUUUUUUUCAAAAUGUCAAACUCUUUACAAUCAGCUGCAAUAUGCUGUGCAGUCACUAACUCCCUCUCUCAGACAUGUGACUUAGCGUUGCUGCACUUGCUUUCCAUCUUUCCGCUUUGAGAAACUGCAUUGUGGUGGUUGUACUUAAUGUAACAUUGCUGACUCGAACUCCCCUGUGAGGGGGGAGGGGGGGCAGUUGCUCUACUCUUUGCCUUUGAGACACUUUUUACAACCACUGAACCAGGGCUGAACAACUUUUCUUUAACUAGGAACCAUGAAGUCCUCACUGCAAAGGCCUCUUUUGCUUCAAAGUGUUCUUUGAAUAUUCUCCUGAUUAAACUCCAUCCUCUGAUAGAGAUGCUCUGUGAUGUGGUGUACUGUAAGCAGUUUUAUUGUUGAGAGGAUGACUCUGUUCUUGUCUUGUCUAGAGCGCUUGUUUUUUUUUUUUUUUGUCUUGCGUGGUGUGUGCUUGUGUUCUCAGAUGCUUUCCUCAUUUACUUCCCAGAUAAUUGCUUUUCUCCAUGAAUCACGGAAGCAAUUUUAACGCAUAGAGGUGCCUUCUAUGCAUAUGUGUAUGAAAUGGCUGUCGAAGCAAACAACUGUGCUCUUCUAGCUCCAGCGCCAUCUAAGAACCUGUAACAACUAAAUGUGAAUUCCUUCAUCAUGAACAUCCUGAACAAAAGAAUCCUGAAGCAAACAAACUAUAUUUUUUAACAUGUAUAUUGUAAAUGAACACCAAGUAGAAGAGAAUGUACUUACUAAAACAUAUCUACUUGCCAAUAAAAAUAUACUAUAUGUAUAUUCCUGCAGCUUCUCUUUCUGUGACACAGGGAGGAACCUCUCACAGAACUUAAGAGGUGUAUUGUAUGACUUUCAGUUCAGUUAACUUCCUCCAUAAUAAAUGGCUAGCUCAUGGCUUGUUAUCGCACA